CUACCUUCUACUCUUGUUCCUUUUCCUCAUCACCAACCAUCGAAUCACUUCCUAAUUUGUUUCUUACUGAUCUUGAUUACUUCUCAAUCUCAAGACGAUCAAGAAAGAAGUGAUUAUUUAAAAAAACUUAUCUCUUCUGCUUCAAAAUGCCACCUAAACAUAAACAAACUCGUCCAAAGCGAGGUGAACGGAACAAAGUCGCCAACGAAGUUAAACCGACUAUCACCGUCAAUGAAAAUCAUCUUGAUGAUAUUAAUCGAACUCCAUCUGAAACUUCAUCACCUACACCCAAUCCAGCUCAAGAAUCAGUUACUUCUCGUCCUUCUGGUAAAAGUAUCUCAUUAGACCGACAACGUUCGGCCUCCACAACCAAGAGAGGUGCUUCAUCUAAGCCGAUGUCUAAUAUUCAACCUUCAAUUAAUACCAAGAUCACUAUCUUGAAUAUGUGUGUUGAUGCCUUUUGGUCUAAUGUAUUAUCUACUCCGUUCGAGUCCCGGGAGUUAGUAGAAGGAUCAAUGGGCUAUCAAUUGAGUGAAUCAGAAAAGUCAUCAUGGGAUGCUGCAUCCGCUGUACAAAGUAUGUGGACAACACCAGAUUCAUUCAUCGCACAUGACGAGACACAUGACUCGGCUUGUCGGGAUGCAAUCCUAAAAUACAAUUUAGGAUCACUCUUUAUAACUUUUUUAACUUCACCAUACGAAAUUGGACAUAAAUCAAUUGAUAAAUUUUUAUCUUGUCUGAUUAAAAGUCAAGACUUCACCCAAACUUUGAAACAAGAAGAAAUGUUUUCAAAAUUUUUAAUCGAAUAUGAAGUUCAAAAAUUGAUUUUAAUUGGAAUUAAUAAAAUUGAAGAAAAUACACCAAGUUUAUUUUCGGAUUUUAAAGUUGAAAAAAAAACUUUGGUGAAUUUAAUUCAACUUUUAGAUCGAAAUCAUCAUCAAAAUUAUCAUCAUCAAGAAAUUAUACCUGAAUUUGAAAAAUCAACUAAUGAAAAAUUUGAAGAGAUUUAUCAAUCGGUUCACCAAUCUUUAUAUCCGUUCCGUAAUAAACCAAAGAAGAUUGCAGAAAUGCAUACAUAUACUAAAUUCAUUGAAUUGGUCAUUGAUAUGGUGUGUUGUAGAUUCCCUGAGUACGUUCGUCCAACCAAUCCGCCAGUAGUUCACGACUGGGGGGAGAGUUCCCGUACUCCUCGUCCAUCAAAUGCAAGAAAGAGUCAAGUUCAAGGUUCAGGCAAAAAAACCUCCCAUCUUGUACCAGGGGUUAGAAGUUCGCCCAGGCGUUCUGGGCCGAGUGAUCGAGUUACAUCAAAGGAAGGACCUAGUGGGCUUGUUGUACAGCCGGCCAACGAUGAAGAGAGUGCAGAAGAUGACGAUAGCAGUUUCUGUGAGGACCAUUUGGUACCCUCCUCUAACCGUCAAGAUACCAGUGUACCAGCCUCCUAUGACGGACCAAGCGCUGGAACUGCUCAGGCUCGACAUCAUGAAAAUGUUGCAGGUGAAGUAGAAGCUACGGCCAACUUCGUUAACUUUGCUGAGGGACAAGUUGAAAAAAAUCCAACGUUUUUCUCUGGUCGUCAUAGUCAUUCAAGUAGUAUUCCUCAGAAACCAGAUCGACAACCUUCAAAGCAAGGAACAUCAAAUCCAUCAACCUCUCCCAAGAAGGUAUUCAAUGAAAGGAAAUCGAAUGCUAAACAGAUCGAUUUUGAUGAAACUCAAACAACUAUACAAGAAGAGGUUAUGGAAACUACCGCUGGAAAUGAAGAUCAACAAGAAAGCGAAGUUUCACCAAAGUCAUGGGUGGAAUCAAGUGCUCGUCAACCUACCUCUUUGUCUAACGCUGAAACUACCGCUGGACUGGAAAAUGAAAGCGAAGUUUCAUCAAAGCCAUCAGUGGAACCGAGUGCUCCUCAAUCCAAGGCUCCCCAAGCCAAGUCUUUGUCCAUAACUGAAACCACCGCUCGAUCGGAAAAUCGACAAGGAAUUGAAGCUUCACCAAAGUCAUCAGUGGAAUCGAGUGCUCCUCAACCAAACUCUUCGUCUAAAGAUAAUCCUGCUGAUGAUACGUCUGCUGAGAAUAUCACACAUGUAGAUGAAGAUGUCGAGCAACCAAAGAAUACUUCUAAAGAUAAGGGCAAAGGUAAAGACAAAGAGGUGAAAACGAGUAAAUCAUCUAAACGAAGUCAACCUACAACUGAGUCAGGUUCAAGACCAAAGAAACAACUUAAAAAAGAUCAUAAUAAGUCAGAUGAUUCAGAUGAGAAUUUAGAAAAACGUUCCAAGCAGGUAAAGAAACCAUGGAAGAGGGGUUCAAAAGCAACGCGUUCAAGAAGUAAAUCACACAGAGUGACGACAAGUUCAAACAAAUCACCAAAAGAAAUUACUUCGAAACAUUUUGAAGAAGAUUCUUCAGCUGAAGAAGAUGUUUCUCCCUCUAAACUGAUUAAGAAAUCUACAUCAGGAGAUCCUUCAACUCAACCGAGCAAACGACGUCGAUCUUCAUCUGAAGAAAAAGUUUCUCCCUCUAAACAGAUCAAGAAAUCUACGUCAAGAGAUCCUUCAACUAAACCGAUCAAACGACGUCGAUCUCCAUCUGAUUCAUCAGAUCUCGAUUCUUUCUCUAAAGCUACUAAAGCAAAAGGAGCUAAAGUUACUUCUCCACCUAAUCAAAAAAGAAGAAAACGUUGGACUGAAGAACAAGAGGAGUUAUUGAUUGAAGAGGUGGUUAAGUAUUGUGAGAGAUAUGAUUGUAUGGCACAUAUCUUAAAAAGACAUGGAACCAAUGGAUCUAAAUCACAACUUUUAGCUGAUCGAACUAAUGUGAUGUUAAAAGAUAAAGCGAUUCAGAUUUCGACUAAAUGGGCUAGAGAAGGAACUAAAUUAGAAAAGGAACGUCGAAUCGCAUUUGGACGAUUCCCACCUAAAACAGGAGAAUUUCGUAGGAUGAGUUCAGUUUCAGAGGAAGAAUCUAAUGGAAAACAAUCAUCAAAAGAAGAAGAAGAAGAAGAUGAGAUAGAAGAUGAAGAAGAUAAUAUAAUUGGAGAAUUUGCAUCUGAUGAAUCCAGAGUUUCGGAAAAGAAAAGUGUAGAAGAAGAAGAAGGAAAUCAAACGAUCCAUCAAGUUUUGAAUGAAAUGACAACUGAAAUAAGCAUUUAUGGUAAUUCUGAACGUGUUAUUAAUUCAUUGAGUUCUGAGAUUCAAAAUCCUGCACCUACACCUAAAGGUAUGAUGAGUGAUGAAAGAAAUGUUGGGAUGAAAGAAGGUGGUAGUGGAAGUCAAGAAGAUCAAAUCGAAAGUGGACUAGUUGAGGUGAUGAAGAAAUGAGAUGGAAUUCAGAUUGUUGAUGAUUUGUUGAGUAUUUGUAAAGAAGUGAAGUUUGAUUUUUUUGAUCGGAGUGUUUGUUUUGUUGAUUUCAUUUGAUGUAUCUUGUAGGAAUUUUGUGAAAUUAUUAUCAUUAGUACACAUUUUCUAAAAAAUCAUUUUUGAAAUUAAAUCUAGGAGAUAUGUAUGUAGUAAAUCUACAUUUUCCAAUAGAUAGAAAGAAAGGGUUUAACUUUUUC